AUGGACGGCUUCGCGCAGGGCGGCAGCAACGGCCUCGACGGCCAACAGAGCCCCGCCGACUUUUCGCGCAUGCUGCAAGCGCUGGAAGCCAUCUUCGAUCCGCGCUCGUCCAACACAACGCGCCAGGACGCCUCGGCCUACCUCGAGCAGGUGAAGCAGCACCGCGACGCCCCCGCCUACGGCUUCCAGCUUGCCCUCGACGCCUCGCACCCCGUACAUCUUCGCUACUACGGCCUCACCGUGCUGGAAUACUCGAUCAAGUAUGGCUGGGAGGACUUCAGCGACGAGCAGGCCGACGCCAUGCGCGGCUGGGUCAUCCAGCUUGCCGAGAGCGCUGUCCAGCAGGGGCCUAUCUACGUGAGGAACAAGAUCGGACAGCUGUGGGCUGAGGUGGCCAAGAGGAGCUGGGGCGCGGAGUGGAUGGACAUGGACGAGCAGCUGGUGCGGUUGUGGGCGACAUCGCUGGAGCAUCAAGGCUUGGUCUUGUACAUACUCGAAACCCUCGCCGAGGACGUCUUCAACAGAGAGGAUCCCGUCGCCAGUCUGCGCGGCAACGAGCUGGGCAAGGCCUGUGUCAGCAUUUUCACCCCAACCGCCGUCAUCCAGGAAGAGCUGCCCGGCCGCGACCCCAACCUCGACGUGCGCUUCGGCGAUGAGGGUUGGGUCAAGCGCGUCUGCGACCUGCUUGACUGGUGUCUUGCCAACAAUGCCGAAAAUGACGAGAAUGUCUGCCACAUCGCCGUCAAGGCGCUGAACACCCUCCGCGCGACCAUGUCGUGGUUGAUUCCCAAAGCCAUCGUCUCCACUGACAGUAUUAACCACAUCGGAAGAGCCCUUUCCAUACCCGUCGUCCCGCUGCAAACGGCUGCCGUCGAGGCUCUUUUUGCCAUCUACGCCCGCCAAAACUUCGGCGACCAGGACUUCAUCGACAUUAUUUGCCCCAUGUUCGCACCACAGAUCGUUAAUCUCAUGGCUGAGCUUUUCCAAUGGACAUCCAAGGGCUUGGAUGCUACCGAUAUAGACGAACCCAAAUACACGCUAUCGAAGAAGCUUUCCGAGUUGCUUUCAAAUCUGGGCAGCUUUGUGGAAGCCAAACCUACGCUCAUUUCCGAGGACAGCGAUAUGCCUGCCUUCCUCCGGCUUCUUUACGAAGUCCUUGGACACCCUAGUCUCGUUGUUUCCAUCCCCGUUCUACAUGCGUGGACAAGACUGCUGCGUACUCGUUCCAUCAGAGACUCUUCUGCGGUGCUACAAUUAGUCCCUGCCCUACUAGAGACUUGCAGUUCUCGCCUGCUCCGCUACGAAGCCCUGCCCGAGGACUCGGACAAUCCCACGUUCGUGCUCCUUAAUGAGGAUCUAGACACCGCGCCUGAGAGACAUGCAUUCCUCGGAAAUUACCGUAGGUAUUGCGUUGAUGUCGUAGAGGUGAUUGUUCGCAAGAUGCCGCUGGACGCUAUGCAGCACAUCCUCGGCCAAGCCACCGCCUUGUUCACAAAUCUCUAUGACGGUCUCGCUCCAUUCUCGCCGCAGACGUUUUCCAAGAACUCGCCAUCGGUACUCCGGGCGGACGCCCAGAUCACUGUCGUUGAUGCAGCUUUGAAAGGCUACUUGAAAUGGGUAAACGGCCAUGGGUCUGAACCUGAAGAAGAUGAGGGCAAUAGAAAGAUCAUGCAGGAUGCAUUUGAGGAGUGGUGUAGAGGCGUCCUCACCAUUCGCUUUGAGGAUCCGGAAAUCAAUAGGAAGAUCAUCCAGCUCAUGGUCACAUUCGCCACCAAGGCGUUGUCCUCGAGGCCGAGCUUUGCUUUACAGUUGCUCGAAUACAUCCUGAACCUGCCCCUGCGCGACGAGCCUUCAGCACCACCUUAUUCCGAAGCGGUCAAAGGGUUGGAGCAAGCCUGCACUGCAGAGAUCCAGAGACUCGCUAUUGCCUUCCCCGAUCACUUCUUGUCAGUUUAUGACGAACUCGAACGCAAAAUCGACGACAUCGUGACCAACCGUCUCAUCGAUGAGCGGCAACGAAUGGGUUACACAGCAUUCCUGUUCAUCAUAGUCCACCGCGCCACCACGAUUGAUCGCGAUGUUCGGGAGGCCCGCUUGAAGCAAAUGAUGGACAUGGUAAAGGAUGGCUGGAUGAACCCCGAAUUAGGCGCCUCUCUAUCUUCAUUCCACUCGUUCUGCGAGAUGCUCGGUCUUGGCGAUAUCACAGACUUUUUCGCGUCCCGCGGCUUCCACAGGACCUCGGACUGGGCGCAACAGCAGUUGGAUGCCGAAGGCCAGGCGAAGCAAGCUGAGAUCCUGGCUCGCUUCCAAAGGCUGCCACUCCGGUUGACGAAAAACCUCCUGGGUGCGUCGACUGAAAAGCUUCGCGAAAGCUCUCAGCCAUAUGAAAUCGCGUGCGCUCUUUGGUCGGAUGCCCUUCCUGCAGUGUUGCCAAAUCUCCUGCAACUCGUUAGCCACGCCCAAGCCUUCAUGAAUAUGCGUAAUUGGGCGCAUUUGCCCGCAGACAUGCAAGUGGUUAUGAAGCGCGUUCUUACAGAUAGAUUCUGGCAGGCGGGUAUUUCAACCGAGAGUAGGGACGACUUCUUUGCGCGUGUGAGCGGAUCCAAGUCAUCCUACGAGGGAUUUGCUUCAACGGUACGCGGCACCGUCAGGCAGAUUCGCGAAGUCUGCUACUACAUUCUCUACGGAUUUACCAGGUUCAAGGACCACUUCUAUGGCAUCAGCGAUCUCCCUAUUCCUCUUAGUCAAGCACUGUUUGAGAACGCGCAAGCGCUCUCCGCACAUCACGUUUCCGUCCUACUUAACAUAUCCACGCAGCUCAUUGAGAACUGCCCGGUCCACCUUCGUUCUCAGUUCCUACCACCUAUCGUCUCCAGUCUUUUCAAAGAACUCGAUACCAAGAUCAGCACCGAGUGGGAUACAUUAAACAGACAGAUCACUCAAGCAGGCGACCAGGACAACCUCGGCGAUGAAAUGAAGAACGAGAGCAUCCUGCGACAGCUCACGCACUCAGCCGUGAUGCUGGUCUCCCUUCUCUUAGAAGAUGUCCGACUGGGUACGAAUACCUCACGAAGCACGCAGCUGAAACAGCAGAAGGAGCUCGCCGCGUUCAACGAACUACAAAGCGUACUGACCACGCUGACACUCUCGGCAGAUACCUCUUCCUCAUCCGCCAGCAGCGCAGCGACAGCCAAGGAACAGCGCAUGGCAACCUUCAUCCUCAGCACGCCUUCGGUCUUCGAGCCCGUCCUCAUCUUCUGCCGCACCGUCAUCCGCGUGCGCGACACGCGCUGCGUCACGCUCGUCUCGCGCGUGCUGCGCGGCGCGGCGCCGCACCUUAAGGAACACGGCCCGGCGCGCGGCUACCUCUGCUGCGACGUUCUGCAGGCGGCCAUCACGUCGCUGCACGAACCGCCCUUCGUCGACGCGCAAAAGGACCUGGCCGCGCUCAUCGCAAACAUCAUCCUGCUCGACGCGCCGCAGGCCCACGCCAUCAUCCUCUCCCUGCCCGGCCUGAGCAAUCGCCCGGACAAGGUCGACCGCGCCUUCUCGCACAUUCAGAGUGUCGCGAGCGAGCGCCAGCAGCGCGGCGUCGUGCUCGACCUGCUGAGCGGCGUCCGCGGCGUCAGCAUCCACGAGCAGGGCAAGAUCGGCAGGCCGGAGCGCCAGAAGAAGGUCCAGGUGCAGGAGCAGUACAUGGCGGUCGAGCAGGGACCGGCGACGAUCAAGAGGGGUGGAAGCCCGGAGUUGGGAGGGCUGGCGGAUAUGUUUGGUUGA